GUUUUUGGAGCUGUCACAAUUCGGGAUCAUGGCGACGGGUCGUGGAAUUUCUAGAGUGUUUAAUGCCAAUUAUUUGCGACUCCUCGCCAAUCGCACAGUCUUUUCCGUGCAGAAACGAGAGAUUAGUGUGUGUAUUGUGUGCCACAGUCAGAAUGGUGUGUGUCCGGACGGUGUCCUGGCCGGGAAGCGUGGUGCUAAAGGGACCUUCUAUCGGGGAUUCCACAGCAGCGGCCGCGUGCUGGGCCCCAACUACUAUGACAUUCUGGGCGUGACCAAGGGCGCCUCGGCAAAGGAGAUCAAGAAGGCCUACUAUGACUUGGCGAAGAAGUAUCAUCCGGACACGAACAAGGACGAUCCCAAUGCCGGCAAGAAGUUCCAGGAGGUCUCAGAGGCGUACGAGGUGCUGAGCGACGACACGAAGCGUCGCGAGUACGACACCUUCGGGCAGACGUCCGAGCAGAUGGGCAGAGCCGGUGGCGCCACUCACGGGCCACAGGGCUUCUCGCAGCACUGGCAAUUCCGCUCCACCAUCGAUCCCGAGGAGCUCUUCCGCAAGAUCUUCGGCGACGGCGGCUUCCGCACGGGCCAGGACGAUUUCGCCGAAUCGCAGUUCGGCUUCGGCGCCGCGCAGGAGAUCAUCGUGAAGCUGUCGUUCGCCCAGGCGGCGCGCGGCGUGCACAAGGACUUGGACGUGAAUGUCGUGGACACGUGCCCCAAGUGCAGAGGCUCCCGCUGCGAGCCGGGCACGAAGCCUGGCCGCUGUCAGUACUGCAACGGCACAGGAAUGGAAACCAUCUCCACCGGGCCCUUCGUGAUGCGCUCCACAUGCCGCUACUGCCAGGGCACGCGGCAGUACAUCAAGUACCCCUGCGUGGAGUGCGAGGCCAAGGGCCAGACGGUGCAGAGACGCAAGAUCACAGUGCCUGUGCCGGCGGGUGUUGAGGACGGACAGACGGUGCGCAUGAGUGUGGGCAGCAAGGAACUCUUCAUCACAUUCAGGGUGGAAAAGAGCACGUACUUCCGCCGGGACGGAGCUGAUGUGCACACAGAUGCAGCCAUCUCGCUGUCACAGGCUAUUCUGGGCGGCACAAUACGCGUCGAGGGCGUGUACGAGGAUCAGGUGAUACAGAUAAUGCCCGGCACGUCGUCGCACACGCGCAUCUGUCUCUCCAACAAGGGCCUGAAGCGCGUGAACUCCUACGGACACGGACAUCACUAUGUGAACGUGAAGAUCCUCGUGCCGACGAAGCUCAGCGCAGAGCAGAAGGCAUUGGUGCAAGCGUACGCGGAGCUGGAGCAGGAUACGCCGGGCCAGAUCAUGGGUGUGACUUUCAAGAAGGACGGAACCAAAGAAGCGUACUCUGAGCCGCAGAACUUGACGAAGAUCGUGCGCGAGGCCCUCGAGAAGCUGAAGGAGUGCCCAAAGGAUGAUUCCAGCAGCGACAAGGAGCCCUUCAGGGAAGACGCCAAGGCCAAGAAGGAGGCAGAAUCUACCACGGACGACGACGUGGCCAAGAGGAGGAUUUAGGGCAGAAGGAGGGAGGUGUGCUUAGUCGAUAGAGCCAUGAUGAGAAGGGAGAGGAAGAGAG